ACUUCAGACUUCAACUCAUGGUAAACUUGUUUACAACCUUGGAAAAGACUUACAUUAAGUGGUUAUUCUUAACUGUUAAAGAGCACACAACAAGCUUGGAUGUGCAUCAGAAAUUCUCUAUAUUAAGUUACAAGCUCAAGCCUGAGCUCCCAGCCAAAAUGAAAUUAGUCUUGCACACUGUCAUCUGCUGCUGUGUUUUCACCACUGUCCUGCCACUGGUGAAGGAUGCCACAGGGGAGCUCAACACCAGUCUGAAAAAAAGGCUUAGAGUAAGGCUGCAGAGCCGUAUAAAGAGAGACCUGUGCAACAGCUUAUUGACAGCCAAUGAGCAGCACUCUGAUGUUGGACCACAGCAGGACGAGAUUGCAAAAAAUGUCUCACCUCCAUCAAGCUUUGGGCUAAAUAUCAGACGCAAGAGGUCAACAUCAACCAAAUCAUCCGGUUGCGUCCUAGUCACAUGUUCAUACCACGACCUGCUCUACCGACUGCACCAGAUCAACAACAAGCAAAAAGAGGCCAAUGCCCCUGGAAACAAGCUUGGCUCAACAGGCUAUGGUCGCCGCCGCCGCCGCUCACUCCUGGAUGUCGCUCAGCUCACCCUGCAGACAGGAAGACGGAGCACUGAAGCUGCUUCCAAAGUGAGCUUGGCAGCUGAGAUAGAAGACAAUUUCUGAAGAUCUUCUCUGAAAUACCCGUAAACUGAAGAGGAACCGAGGCCGCGACAGGGAGGAUUUUGUCCGACAUUACUAAGUCCCAAACCGCCACGUGCAAGAUCCUUUCACAAGUGAACUUCAUGUUGUGAACUGCUUGUGAAGUGCAAUUUAAACAAUAUUUACUACUAUAUACAAAAAUGUAUAAUUAUCCGCUUGUAUAUAAGGAUAUAUAAAGCUACCUUAUAUUUAAGUAUACAACUAUAUUUUUAUACAGCCAAAAUACAUAUUAAACAUCCCUUUUAUUAUUGUUUGACUUCAAUGAAGUAUGUAUCUUAACUGUGUCCUUUAUUCAUGUAAAUUAACUAUCUUUUCACUGACUUAUGGGUUAUAUUUUUGUAACAUUAUUGUGAUGAUUAUACAUUAUUGGAAACUAUCCACAUUAGAGAUGUUUCAAAUACAUAUGUUGAAAGUCUUACAUAGCAGCCUAAGAACAACUGCAAAGUAGUCAUCUAGUUUUUGGCCUUGGAGAGUGAUGAUAGAAGUACAAGUAAAAGCGUUGUGCUGCCAUCUAGCGUUACAGUACGAUACAUAUAACAAAUGCAGGCCAAGCGGUUUGAAAAUCAACAAAGCAUGCUAAAUGUUUCAUCUCAUUUUAGAACUUUAUCGGCUUCUUUAUUUAUAUGUAAUAAAUCCUAAUUUACUCACAGUCCAGCUGAAAUUACUUGACAUGGUAUUAGGUAACAUGAUUUAUGGUCUUGUUGUGGUGAACGUGGCAGGAACUGUAAUGGUUUUCAGCUGGCUGCGACGUCCUUGUUUUCAAAAAAAUGUAUUGGCAAUGAAAAGAAUUUGAAGCAACUUGUGAUUGAUGUUAUUUGGUGACCUAAUAUCAAAUAUUCUGUUUGUGCACACUGACAGUUUAUGUGCCCGUUUAUGUUGGUAUAUGUAGGAAAAUAUGAUUAACUCUUGAGUGUUAUAAAGUCUACAGUGGUGUACAUUCCAUUCUAAAAAUAAGACAUGGUUUAUCAGCUGCACGCUCUCAAAGAAACACACAUGAACUGAAAGUGAAUUUGUACAUGUUCCUAAAAUUGUGUAAUCACAGCAUUUCAACAACAUUUAUCUUUCGGCGAAGAAUUUAAGUUUUGAUGAAUGGAGAGAAAGGAACAGUGUGCUCCGCUCCAAAUCAGGAACACUUAAAUGACUAGAGCAGAUAAAGAAAUGAAUCACUAUGGAAUUUGACCUCCACUGAUAGUGUCUAGAGUGGUCACACUGUCCUGUAAUCAUUAAUCUGGUUAUUUUCAUUAAAACAUCCAAAACUCCCUAUCGGAAUAACAAGAUUACAUAAAAUGAAUGGUUUAUGUAAAUCACUUUCUAAUUUCUUCAAAUGUAAAUCAAAAAUAUUUUCAGCAAUUUUUGUUUGUAAUAAAAUCCAGUUUUCUGUU